AGAAGGGAUCAGCCAGAAGAGAUGACAAUGACUGCAAUGCCAGAAAGUCUUAAUAGCCCUGUCUCAGGGAAGGCGGUUUUCAUGGAAUUUGGGCCACCAAGUCAACAAAUGUCGCCUUCCUCCGUGUCUCAUGGACAUUACUCCAUGCACUGUUUACAUUCCGCGGGUCACUCUCAACACGAAAGCUCAUACAGCGCUGCUUCGUCUUUCCCGAGGUCUCUGGGUUAUCCAUAUGUCAGCUCGGUCGGCAGCCAUUCCUCAAGUCCAUACAUCAGCACAGUGCAGUCGUAUCAGAGCAGCUCGACUCUAACCCAGACGCGGUUAGAGGACACAGCAGAGCCAGAGAAAAACACAGUGGUGGAAGGUGGAGAAGUUCGAUUUAACGGGAAAGGGAAAAAGAUCCGCAAACCCAGGACUAUUUAUUCCAGUUUGCAGCUACAAGCUUUGAACAGGCGCUUCCAGCAAACUCAGUACCUGGCUCUCCCGGAAAGAGCUGAACUAGCAGCUUCCAUGGGGCUUACACAAACACAAGUAAAGAUUUGGUUCCAGAACAAGCGAUCCAAGUUCAAGAAGCUGCUGAAGCAAGGCGGGGGAUCUUUGGAGAGUGCAUUAGCUAACGGCAGAAGUCUGUCCGCCACCUCGCCUACUGUUCCCGCGGUCUGGAACGCUACAUCCUCUGGCAAGACGUCAGCAGGGACGCCGGGCACUUACAUCCCCAGCUACACUUCAUGGUAUCCUUCAGCACACCAAGAAUCUAUGCAGCAACCCCAUCUGAUGUGAUAAGAAAUCGCCCCCACCCUCGAGACCACUGCUGGUCCAAAACAGAGGGAUCACCGGGCAGCUAAAGCCAAUAACGCACAGCACCCUCGUCCAUUGCAGACAGGCACAUAUGCGAUGCGGAGCUUGUUUUCAACUGCUGACAGCUGACAGAUCAGCCUCCUAAUACCGUUACCCCAUCCAUAGAACAGCCGGGGAGCAGAAAGACUCUGCGUGCAGUGGCAACAAGAAUAACUUUUUUGUGUUGCGAGUCUAGAGAGAGUGAGAGGAUGGAGAAGAAAUAUAGGUCAUUAAAGCUGCUGUAUCCCAUUUCUGUGACCUCCUGCUGUAAAAUUAGAUGUAAACACGGUUUUGAGCCUUUAUGAUCAAUUGUACAUUUACUAUAAAUGUCAAAUUUGCGUACUGGUCAUAGACUGUAUGUUUGUGUGCUCCACACUUUAUUUAAAUUAAUUUAAUUGUAUAGUUAGUUUUAUUUAAAACAAGCGUCAGUGUAUUUGUAAACAGUUAUUAGUCCAUUUAAAAAAUACCACUUUUACUGCUGCAGUGACACAAACAUUAUUUGGGUUAUUAAAACCAUAAGCCAACCUGUAAUUGGGAUGUUUAGCAAAAACAUAAUUUAAAAUAAGAUCCAUAUAUUUAAUAGCACUUCGUUGAAAUGAGAUUUUGCAGCUUUAAAGAAAGAGCCUUUUCAAUAAGUUCUGGCGCUGCUCAGCUUGAAGUGCAUAGUCAGACUGAUGUAUAUAAAUGUACUAUUUAAAUAUGAUGCAUAUAUUUCUUGUUUUUGUUUUGUGUGGCUGUAUACAUGAUGCAUUGUGAAAUUGAAUUUUACCUGUGAAUAUGGAACACGUGUUAAUGAAAUAAAUGUGGUUAGCGUUCUAUAUGUUAAAGUUUAGUUUUAUAUUGAAAAUGUUAAUUUAUUGCUUUGUAUUCUUAAAAAAAAAAAAACAUUGUAAAUACCGUGUAAAAUUUCAAGACAGUAAAAUGAUGAUUUUUAAAGGCGAGAGACUAUUCGAAGUUGUCUUUAAGGGAAAAAGACGUCUAUAAAAAUACUUUUGUAUUAAUGUUUUUGGAAUUAUGAACCAAUGCAAUUGUAAUCUGCUUUAAAAAAAAAAAAACUACUGGUUUAUCAUUUAAACCAAGCACAACCGACGGUAAAAUUAAAGGUCUGGGAUGAUUUCUAAACACAACAAAGCAUUCAUUUUAAUUCUUAUGUGUUUUUAUUUGUAUUGUAUUUUAAAUGGUGUGAAUCAAAUAAUCUAUCUAUCGCCACAACAUUUUUUUUAAACAAUUUUUCUUUAACACAUUUGGUAGUCACCCGGUACCCUUAGUUUUAGCCCUGAGGUGCCUCUUGUGACUCUGGUCUGAUUAUAAUCAAUUAUUGUACUUGUUGCUUUUCAUGUACAUGUAGUCGCGGUAUAAGAUCCUUUCUCCCCUUGUGUGGUAACAAUAAACCCUCUUUUCAGCGACGAAUGGCAGGGGAAGCACUGGUGUGUGUUAAGUGAAUAAUUGGGAGAGGAGCAGGUGCUGCAGGAAAAGAUGGUUUGUUGAAAAUGUGGAUCUAAAAACAGCAAGUUCAAACGAGCUCUUGUUUGGUUUGAUGGUGUAACUGCGCUUUUUCAGCAAUAUCUCGAAGCACCGGGAGACAACGGGAGUAAAUGUGCUUAAUUGGCCUAUAUAACUGACAAAAAAAAAUGAAUGAAAAAUAAAAUAAUUUAUUUUUUAGCCCUAAAAUGUGGCCGUCAAUCUCAACGUGAAAAUAAAACAAUAUUUAAACCAUGCUCA